AUGUCUGAAGAAGACUUCAUCGCAACAAUGUUCAAUGACGAACAUUCACCGCCAAACGCGAUGAGUCAACGAGACGGGAGCCCCGCUUCAAGCCUCAUCAGUGAACGCGCGACAACACUCAAGGAAUGUGAUAGCGCAUCACUAUCACGAGCGCUGAAAAAACGUGAUUCGGAAAACAAGGCCGCACCAGCCGCGAAGAAAGCCAAGCUUCUGAAAAACCUCGAGAUCAGCAAACUCGGUGGUAUUGUCCACGGAAGAGUAGUUUCGAAAUCGAACAUGAAAAAUUGGAAGAAGAAUGACAGGGACGGAAAGCUCUUCUCGUUCGUCAUUGAAGAUACAUCAGGUUGUAUACAAGUGGUUGCGUCCGGAGAACGGUGCGACGCACUACAUGAGGACAUAGAUGUCGGAGACUGCUACCGAUUCAACGCGUUUACGCUCCACGAAAGCAAUCCUCUUUAUAACAAGACGAAACAUCCUUGGGAUAUCCAUUUCACGAAGUUAACUCAAGUCAAACGAAUCCAGGGGAAGAAUUCACCAAGGUCGAAAAUUAACAACAUCUCCAUCGUCGAAAUACUGGCCUCAGAAAUUAAUGUCUUCAUCGACAUAAUCGGCAUUGUUUACGAGGUUGGGCAACCCCAAAAUCUUUCAUGUAGAGAUGGUGUGAUGCGGAUCAAGCAGAAUAUUCGAUUCGUGGACGAUACAUUGCGCGUUGUGAACCUAGGAGUAUGGAACAACGCUCAAAACUUCACGGGCACCGAAGGAAAGGGGGUAGCAAUCACGAACCUUCUGAUUCUUCUGUCACACGCAUCCCUUGCACGUCGACCCAUGAGGCAACAAUACCAGCGACAGAAUACGAACACAAGGAAAAUGCAGUCUUACUCCCGCACCACGGAGUUACGCUGUUGGACAUGUAAUGGAGUAGGACAUUCCUCAAGGUUCUGUACUAAGAAAAUUCCUCCGCGAAAAACCAAAGGUAAACCGGAGGCGCACGUGGCCAAAGUCAUCCUCACAAAUGGAGACUCAACUGAAGAAGAGGGGAGUGCAAAAACCACACAGGUGCAAUUUGUUGUCGACUCCGGCAGCUCUCAUCACGUGCUUAACGACCAGAGUUUCUUCACCAAACUGAACUCCACGAUGACGUCUCGAGAAGUCAGACUUGGCAAUAACGAUACCCUGACGGCACAAGGCAAGUUGACGGAAGGUGGCUACAAAGUCACGAUGAACCCUGAGAGGACCCUCAUCUCCACCGGUCAAGGAAGAGCGAUAGCCGAAUGUAAGGAAGGACUAUACGUCCUCAACAUCGACAAAAGUGAGCCAAAAUGUCUGCAGACUGUAAGCUAUAGUACCAAGGCCAUGGUAAGCCUGAAAGCCGCUCACGACGCUCUAGCGACUCUAGCGCACUUAAAUAAACGAAAAAUCAAGGAAAACCUGGACCGUGAAGGAAUCGAAUACGAAGAUGACUUCUUCAACUGUGAAUCAUGUCAACAAGGAAAACAGCAUCGGAGCACCUACCGAACCAAACCUGCGGACUGCAGAGCGAAAAGAACAGGAUUCAUCCAUGGCGACCUAUGCUCGCCAGCCCAACGAUCUCUGACCGGCUUCAAUCACUUCAUGUGCCUGACAGACGACUUCAGUCGUUUCCGACGAGUGCUCCGGAGCAACUUCCAUAAUCUGAUUCGGAAUAUCAAUUCUUCUCUCGCCAUGGCUUCGAUGGGUGCUCAGAUCGAGAACCCACCAAACGCCGGACCGUAUUGCUUUCGAAUACACGGGCAGGUAUAUCACAACAUAGGAACAUUGCAUCCUUCAGAAGAAGCAUCGAGGCAGUUUGGCCAGAUCUACAUUCUUGACACGGCCGAAGCAACGGCGCAAAGAUUGGCUUUACCUCAAAACUCUCAAUGCGAUCCCGGUCUGUUAGAAGAACUUGGACAUAUGAUAUCGCAAAUCAAUCCGUACGCAAGAUCUUACAGAAUGAUGGCAGAGUUGGAGAAAGCUGAGCACUUGGCCGCAGAGCGCGAGAGCCGUUCUCCCUUGAGAUUGAGAAUGCUUUUCCAAGAUAAUCGCCCGAAUGGUCUGGAAGGUGGGCUGUACGAUUUGCCUACCUCUAAUGAAGUCGCUGUAAUUUACGUAGGUGAAGAUGGAGACGUUCCAGAGACCCGUUCCAUUUGCAUCCACGACAGGGCAGGACGCUUGACCAACAUAUCACACCUUGACAAACGAUGUGACCCUCUAACCUAUCCUCUGUUGUUCCCGACGGGCGAAGAUGGUUGGGAGCCGACCCUGAUAGACAACCGAGGCAAACGCAUCACGCAGAAACAGUUCUAUUCGAAUCUAUACGCGAUUAGGGAUUCAUUCAACCCAAUUCUGCACGCGGGGAAACUCUCUCAACAAUUCGCUGUAGAUUCUUUCGUGAAAAUUGAGCAAAAUCGGCUCGAUUACUACCGGAAAAAUCAAGCACAGAUGCGCGCCGAGUCCUAUCAGAUCCUGCAAGACUUCCUACAACACGAUGACGACGUUCAAGGACCGGUCGGCAGAAAGAUUAUCCUCCCCUCUAGUUUCACAGGAUCGCCACGUCAUAUGCAACAAAGUUACCAAGACGCAAUAGCUAUCGUCUCGCGGUACGGAAAACCUGACAUCUUCAUGACAGUGACGUGCAAUCCCAAGUGGAAGGAAAUUCAGGAGAAUCUGUACCCUGGCCAAUCGGCAGAAAAUCGUCCGGAUCUCAUUGCCAAGGUCUUCAAAUAUAAACUCGACGAAAUUUUUCACGACAUUGUGAAAAAAGUUUUCGGAGAGAUUAGCGCCUAUAUCAUGGUCAUAGAGUUCCAAAAACGGGGUUUACCUCACUGUCACGCCUUGCUCAUAUAAGAGCACGAGCAUAAGCCGCACAACGCAGAAGUAGUCGAUCAACUAUCUUGCGCCGAAAUCCCGGACCCCAUCGGAGAACCAUCACUCCAUGAAGCCUUGAAAUCUUUCAUGAUUCAUCGGAACUGCGGUGUUAACAACUCGAAAGCUCCAUGUAUGAAGGACGGCAAAUGUUCCAAAAAAUUCCCAAAAGACCUGAGGCUCCAGACAUCUGUAGCCAACGACGGAUAUCCACUCUUACGCCGAAGAAAUAGAUUCAAGGCGACCAUCGGAAAGACCGCGUAUGGCGAUGACUGGGUCGUACCGUAUGACCCAUAUUUUCUGCUCAAGAACAAUUGCCAUAUUAAUGUUGAGAUCUGCGGGAUGAUUUCAUCCGUCAAGUAUCUCUACAAGUGUGUUUAUAGAGGCGCAGAUCGAGCUCUCAUCGAAAUAAAAUCUAACGACGAGAGUGAUGAAAUCAAGAGGCACCUCAACGCACGAUAUGUUUGUGCCCCGGAAGCACUUCACAGAAUUUCCGGUUUUGAGCUCCAGAACAAAUCACAUACCAUCAUCAGGCUCGCCGUUCACAUGGCCGAUCAGCAAAACAUUCACUUCCGAGAAGGUGAUGAGCGGUUGGCGAUUGACAGAGCUGCAGUCAGCCUCACGACUCUGACUGCAUUCUUUCGGUUGAAUGCCACAUGGAACGAGCAAGCAUCUGACACUGUGACAGUAUCUGAUCUGUAUUACAAUCAGCUGCCCGAAUUUUUCGUCUCCACACCGAGUACGGGAUGGACAAGAAGGAAGCGCUCUUGGGGCGGCGUCAUCGGUCGAAUGUAUACAGUUUCCCCACGAGACUCGGAGCGUUAUGCUCUCCGAAUACUUCUACUGAAUACACGUGGCCCCAAAUCUUUCGAGGAUCUCAGGACAAUUGACGGCAAACUUCACCGUACGUUCAUGGAUGCUGCAAGGGCAGCAGGUCUCUUCAAUGAUGACACAUACUUCAAGAAGAGUCUGGAAGAAGCAUCCACUUUCCAAAUCCCAAAGGUUCUUAGAACGUUUUUUGUGUGCCUCGUCGCGUUUUGUGAAGUAUUCAAUGUCCAGGCUCUCUGGAGUGACUUCCAGCAUCGAUUGGCCGAAAAUUUCGUCCAUCGUGAAUUCUCUGCCGAAAUCGCAGUUGCUUUGGCGUACAGUGACAUCGCUCAGCACUUGGCCUCGCUUGGCGUAUCAUUCGACACUUUCGUACCAUCGCCGCAAUGCGACCAUCCCGAUAUUGCAUCGAUGGAGCCUGAUUAUGAUCAACAUUCCAUUGAAGGAGCUCCAAUGUACGCACAUUUGAAUCGAGAGCAGAGGCGAGCAGCCGACACAAUCCUGAGCGCAUUGAGGAAAUCCACAGGGGACUGUUUUUACAUCGAUGGCCCCGGCGGAUCAGGAAAAACGUAUUUGUACAACACGCUGUACAAUAUCGCCAUCGGAGAGGCACGAAAGGUUCAGUGUGUUGCGUGGACCGGCAUUGCUGCAAACUUAUUGCCCCAUGGGCGCACUGUGAACUCUUUAUUCAAAUUGAAUAUCCACGACAAUAACCACUCUUCCACGAUGAGCCGCCAACAUAAAGAAGCUAAAUAUCUCGCCACCUUGGACAUUAUCAUCUGGGACGAAAUCUCCAUGGUACCGAGAGCUGCUUCGGAAGCCGUUGAUGCGCUCCUGAAAGAUGUGCUCCAGAAUGAUUCUCCUUUUGGAGGCUUGAUGAUCGUGGUUGGAGGCGAUUUCCGGCAAACCCUUCCCAUUGUGGAACGCGGCUCCGCAUCCGAUAUUAUCGACGCUCGCGUACUUCGGUCAUGCAUAUGGAGGAAUUUCAAAACCCUUUUCUUGGAGGAGAAUGUCCGUUCCCGAGAGAGUGAUCCAUCGUGGCACAAAUUCUGACUCCAAGUUGGGAACGGUGAACGCAAUGAUGCGCGAGGUCGAGUACAAGUUCCGAGCGAAUUGAUUUGUCACGCUGACAUAGUUGAUGAAAUCUACGGAUCAAUCAUCGAACCGGAAAGCACAUAUGCCUUGGCUGAGAAAGCGAUUUUGGCUCCAACGAACGCUUGCGUGUCGGACUUGAAUAGAACAAUCCUGGAUCGCCUGACCGUGAGACAUCCGAGCGAAGCGCGUACUUACAGGAGUAUAGAUGACGUCGCGGAGGAUGACGGAGCUGAGCGUUCAUUUUUCCCGAUCGAAUACCUCAACAGUCUCUCACCGCCUAACAUGCCUCCGCAUGAGUUGAAUUUGAAGAAAGGAGCAAUCGUGUUUUUACUGCGCAAUCUGGAUGUGAGCGUCGGUUUGUGCAACGGCACGAGGCUCAGCAUCGAAUAUUUGGGACAAUUCACAUUGGGCUGCAAGUUCAUCACCGGAGUCAAACGGGGGCAAAUCACCAUCAUACCUCGAAUCGAUAACUACUGUGAUUCGAAACUCCCAUUCCGCUUGAAAAGGAGACAAUUUCCUGUACGAUUGGCCUUUGCAAUGACUAUUAAUAAAAGUCAAGGACAGACUUUCUUCAUGCUCGGCUUAAAAGAAGUUUUCAGCCAUGAACAGUUGUAUGUCGCCCUCUCCAGGGUUCCAAAACCUGAUUACCUCAGAAUUAAAGCUCCCGGCAAUGAGCUGCUCAACGUUGUUCUUCCCGAUAUUGUGAAGAAUGACAUGAGCGUGGUCAUGCGUCAAGAACGCUACACCCUUGAUAUUCUCAAACGUUUCGAUAUGACGAAUUGCAAGCCCUGUUCAACACCAGCUGACAGAGACAUAUAUUCCCUCGAUGAGACUGAGGAACUCGAGGAUAUUCCCUAUCGAGAACUCAUUGGAAGUCUCAUGUAUCUGCACAAUAUGAACACCACAAUCAAGGUACUCUUGGUGAUCAUCACCAUCGAAGGCUACGAGGCCUUCUUCGAGUACACCCGGGACUGCGACAAGGCCUGCCAGCAAAGGCGCCGCGCAUGUGGAGUCGAGCAGACAGAAGGUGGCAACUUCAUGUCCACUUGCUACGAGUUUGAGCAAGCCUGUACGCGGCACGUAUCACCCAACUUGGCCUGCAUCACACCCGUCAAGUCGGUGGAUUUAUACCACAACAACAUCAGCUCCCAGCACCACGGCUGUUCCAACAUCCUCGAAAACCGCACCAACAUCGGAAACUCCCACCGAUCGGCCUACUACGGAAAUGCCAAGCACCACAAGGGCACCGACACCAACGCCGGUGCCUUCAAGCGGAGACCUCAAGUGGUGGUUUUCAACUGGAUUUCUAUGCUCAAUCAUUACUGCUUUAAGCGGAGUGAUCUACUUUCUAGCUAUGAGGCUGAAACGCCUGGGCUACCAAGACAUCGAAUUGAGAGCUAG